GUAAAUAAUUAAUUUUGAUUAAUUAUCUUCGUCCCCAACCUAAUCCAGCCUGCCCCAGAAAGCAAAGAAUCUUCUUCCCACAACCCCUAUUUCCCACUACUCACCGCCCCUAAAAGCCUCCAAUUCAAUCACAAUUAGUAUAUGUAAUUUCUACUUUUAUACCCAUGAAAAUCAUUGUCUUCGUUGCAGUAAAAAAUCACAAUUAAAAGUUUUUCCCCAAUUUUUUUGAGCUGCUGCUAUUUUCUGACCCACAUCUUGGGUUGAAUUGAUUAGUAUCAGCAUCCUUGUCGUUAUUGCAAAAUGGUCCAAAUGUAAAACGCCAAAAUUUGCUCCCCGGAGUUCCCAACUAGGACUUAGAAAAUGAUUGUUCCCUCCAUUUCCCCACAAUUUUACUGCCAGUUUGCCCUCUUUCAUUGAAAUUCAUCAAAUAUUCCCUUGGCUGUCCGCCGUCAUUUCUCAAUGGCCUUGCUGCGGCGGCGCCACCACUACCCGCUCCGGCUUAUACCGGCUAUCUCCGUUGUUUCAGCCGCCAUCCUUCUUCUCUUUGUUUUCCUCUCUUUCCUUGCACCGUCGCCUGUCGACAAUGAUCACAUCCACCGCCCCAGGAUAAGUAGUGACGUUGGUGAAGAUAAAGCGGCGCCGAAGCUUCGUGUUCUGAACAGUGGAGGCGUGCAUCUACGUGAUCUUUGGAGUACGAAGAAUGCAGGAUUUUACUAUGGAUGCAGCAAUGCCAGCAUUAAAUUUGCAAAAGCUGCUGCUAUUACACAACCAAACCGUUAUUUGGCGAUUGCAACCAGUGGAGGUUUAAACCAGCAAAGAACUGGGAUAACUGACGCUGUUGUUGCUGCUCGCAUUUUGAAUGCCACCCUUGUUGUCCCAAAAUUGGACCAGAAGUCUUUCUGGAAGGAUGCUAGCAACUUUUCAGAGAUCUUCGAUGUUGAUUGGUUUAUAUCAUAUCUGGAAAAAGAUGUAAAAAUCAUAAAAGAGCUCCCACGAAGACGAGGGCAGAUAUGGAAUCCAUAUACAAUGCGCGUUCCAAGAAAAUGCAAUGAGCAAUGUUAUAUUAAUCGUUUAGUACCUGUACUCGGAAAGAAGCAUGCUGUUCAGUUGACCAAAUUCGAUUACAGACUUUCAAAUAAGUUGGGCACGGAUCUGCAAAAGCUUAGGUGUAGAGUUAAUUAUCACGCUCUGAAGUUCACUCAGCCCAUUCUUGAAAUGGGUGCGAAAUUGGUACGGAGAAUGAGGGCGAGGAGCAAGCAUUACAUUGCCCUUCACCUAAGGUUUGAACCUGAUAUGCUUGCAUUCUCUGGAUGUUAUUAUGGUGGAGGUGACAAAGAGAGGAGGGAAUUGGCUAAGAUACGGCGGAGGUGGAAAACUUUACAUAAUCAUAACCCAGAUAGGGAGAGAAGGCAAGGGAGAUGCCCCCUUACUCCUGAAGAAGUUGGCCUUCUGCUAAGAGCACUCGGGUACGACAGAGAGACCCAUAUUUAUGUGGCAUCUGGAGAAGUGUACGGUGGAGAAGCCACAUUGGGCCCCUUAAAGGCCCUUUUCCCCAACUUCUACUCAAAAGAUACCCUAGCAAGCCCGGACGAAUUGGGACCUUUUUCUUCAUUUUCUUCUCGAAUGGCUGCACUGGAUUUUAUGGUGUGUGAUGAAAGUGAUGUAUUUGUCACAAAUAACAAUGGGAACAUGGCAAAAAUUCUAGCAGGACGAAGGAGAUAUUUUGGGCACAAACCUACAAUUCGUCCGAAUGCUAAAAAAUUGUACAAGCUGUUUCUAAGCCGGGAUAAUAUGACCUGGGAAGAAUUUGCCUCAAGUGUUCGUAUGUUUCAGAGGGGUUUUAUGGGAGAGCCUAAGGAGGUGAGGCCAGGCAGGGGAGGUUUUCAUGAAAAUCCAGCUGCUUGCAUUUGUGAAGAUUCAGAAGCAAAAUCAAAGAUGGAUUCAGUUCAAAAAGAACAUGGUAAGGGAUCUAUUCCAAUUAAAAGAGACAUGGAUGUAGCAGUUGAAGAUCAGAACAUGAAUGAUGAACUGGAAUGGUCGGACCCUGAGGAUGAAGAUGAUCUAACAAGUCAACGAGGGAGCAAUUUGCAUAACGAAACAAGCUUGGAAUAUGACCCUUUCUCAUCUGAGGAGCCCGAGUUGGAUGAGUUGCUUUCAGAUUGACUGCAAAAUCUUGAAGUGUCCUAACAUUGCAAUGUUCGUCAUAACCUGUUCCAUUCCAACAACGAACUGCUGCAGCACAUAGUUCCACACAAGGGCAAGAUCUGAUUUUCUUACAUACCGCGUCAGAAUCAAUCUUUGGCAGGAAACUGUAAGUCCUGUGAAGGUGAAGUCUCCUUUUCUAUUCUUCAGCUUUAAGGCUCCUUGGAGAUUGAACUCUGACCAUGCACGUCUCAAAGAAAUGCUAUUGCUGAUGAGCCCCAGGCAAUUCUUGAUUACAUGGUCGGGUAUACCAUAGGAGAUGUAGUGAGGAUAAC